AUGCACACCUUUGGAGCUGGUAUUCUUUCGGGUGCUGCCAAUUUUGGAGUGGCUUGCGCGAUGUACCGAACAACAAAUAAACCCAUUAAGAUGUGGCCGCUCAACGAAAACACGUUGGCUGGUGACAUGGGAGUCACAGUCGUAAUCCAACAAAUCAUCACAUAUAUUGUGACGUCAAAUUUGUGCAACUUUGAUCUUCGGCACGGAACACGCUCACUAACGCGACCAUGGCCGCCCAUGAUGCAUUUCCCAUCUACAUCUAUGCCCACUGGUUCAUGGUUUGGUGUUAAAAUGCCUAGUGUUGUUCAGGCGGAAGGACACUUGUUGUACAUGGGCAAUGCGGAAAACAAAUCGCGCUUCACUCAGUUCUGUCUUUGGUUCUUGCGUGCCACAUGCACUGGUAGUGAGCGCAAUAUUAUUUUCGAACGUGGUUUGACAGUACGGCACCGCUUCGAGCGCCUAUUGUGGACUGCCUUGCAAGGUGGCUGGUGGGCCGUCAUCACAUUUUGGUGGUACUGGCCAAUAGCUAUCGCGAUCACUCAGCCUUUAUAUGGAGAUGACGACUUGCGUGGAACAUGGACUCCUACAUUUAUUAAGCUCUUGUUUGGUGGUAUCAUGGGACUUAUCACAAAUCCGAUCAUGGCUAUGAUGACACUUGGUGCGGAGUGUCAUGUGCAUCGUUUUUAUCCAGACAUGGAAUUGUGGCAGGAAACCGAACCAGCCCUACCUAUGACGUCAGGCAACUCUUUUGAUGAUCAGAUUCAGUCAUUUGAUGAAGUCUUCACUGAUUUUGAUGCUACAAAAUAA